UCGUUUAUAUGAAGGCUGAGGGGACAGUUUGUUCCAUUUUGCUGAUCUGCUGAUUCAGGUCGACCUGUAGUGUUCAGAACUCUGGAGGAGGAGGUUCAUCAUUUUUUCUGCAAAAUUCAGAUCAUCCAGACAUUCGGACGCCCUGCUCACAUGCUGCCUGUGGAGCCAUCGAAAGUUAUUCAUCGGCAGGUAGCUGCUGAUGAUGAUGAAGACGGUGAUGAAGGCAGUGUUCCUGGGCUGUGUAUGGGUGAGUGUGUGGCCCACUUGGUGUGUGUGUUUCUCACGUGGGGCAAAUUCUGCUUCCUGUGUGGACAUGAAACCUGGACACAUCAGUGCUCAACCACAACACAUACACAUACAGUCUGCUGUGACCGUACACACCAGCCGGACUAUCUACCUCCCACAACAGACACUUAUGGUGAGUGUGCGCAGUUCUCGGGCGUUUAUGGGUUUGCUGCUGCAGGCGCGCUCCGUGCCGGAGGACCGUGUGGUCGGAGGAGAGUUCACACUGAAUCCUCCGGGAACACACACCCUCUCCUGCAUCUCCACCGCCGACACCGUAACACACUCUGACAAACUGCUGAAGAGAAACCUCUCAUUCACCUGGAGAGCCCCGGCCCAGCCCAGCGGAGACAUGAGAUUCUAUAUCACAGUGGUCCACUCUUAUUUCGUCUACUGGUCUCGGAUCCGGUCAGCUGUUGUGCAUGAUGGGACUCGUAGGAGUGCAGGUUAUGAUGGUGGCCUGCAGACUAGAAUCAUCUCAGCAUCUCUGUUGAAACCAAAAGACACACAAACUCACACUUCUUCAGCUCUACACUUACUGAAUAGUGCGCCGUCCUCAGCCAUCUACACAAAUAAAAGCUCCCCAAACACUACAAGACUCACAUUUACAUUCAUCCACUGCAAUAUCCACAACCUCAAGCUUAAACCCCCUCUCAAUCCCAACCUCAACUACAAUAUCAAUUUCAAUCUCAACUUCAAUCCCAAAUUCAAUCACAACCUUAACCCCAGCCUCAAUCUUAAUCCCAACCUCAACCCUAAUCUCAACACCAACCCCAGCCUCAAUCUUAAUCCCAACCUCAAUUCCACUCUCAACACCAACCCCAGCCUUAAUCUUAAUCCCAACCUCAACCCCAGUCUCAACACCAACCCCAGCUUCAAUCUUAAUCCCAACCUCAACCCUAAUCUCAACACCAACCCCAGCCUCAAUCCUAAUCCCAACCUCAACCCUAAUCUCAACACUAACCCCAGCCUCAAUCUUAAUCCCAACCUCAACCCUAAUCUCAACACCAACCCCACCUCAAUCCUAAUCCCAACCUCAAACCCACUCUCAACACCAACCCUAGCCUCAAUCUUAAUCCCAAACUCAACCCCAAUCUCAGGACAACACCCAGCCUCAAUCUUAAUUCCAUCCUCAACUCCAGCCUCAAUCUUAGUCCUGACCUCAAACCCACUCUCAACACCAACCCCACCCUCAAUACCAACUGAUCUUAAUCAAAUCUUAAUACCAACCACAAACCUAACCAUAAUCCCAAUACCAACUCUAACCUCAAAUUCAAUCUUAGUACCUACCCCAACAUCUAUUUCCCCAACGCCACCAAUCAUCUCAAUUCUAACCCCAACCCCAAUCCCAAACUCAACUCUAAUACCAAUCUCAAUAUCAUCUUCAAUCCCAACUCCAACCUCAAUUUCAACCUUAAUGCCAACCAAAACCUCAAUCCUAACCCUAUCUGAAACCGCAACCCCAACCUCAAUUCCAUAUUUCACUUUAAUCCCAACCCCAAUGCCAGUUUUAACUUCAAUCCCAACCCCAUCCUCAACUGCAAUUCCAAUCCAAACCCUAAAAUCAAUUCCUACACACAUGCUCACUCCUACCCCAUUACACACCUCUACUCUUCCUUCAUCCCCCCAUCCUGACCCAUCUCCAGCCCUCCAGCGCUCUCUCUCCAACCCCCUCCCACCCAGGGAGUCCCGGGAUGAAUCUGACUCUCACGCCCAGAGAGAAGAGGGAUCCUCUGAGCCCAAACCCCCUCAGAGGCCCAGGGGACCGCCAAGAGCUCCAGAUGGUAAAGGGGAGAAGCCGGAGCUGGUGCCCAGGCAGAAUGCUUCAGAGCUUGGCUUGCUGCUGGUGGGCGUGUCUGCUGGUCUGGGAAUGGCUGCGGCUGUGGGCUUGAGGUACCUGCAGAGGAAACACUGCCGCAGACACACAGCCGUGUCACUGGGUGACCGGAGCCACGGCAACAGAGGUGUAAUUCAUGUGCAGGAGUGUGGAGACCUGGUGCAGGUGCGCAGGAUCAGAGAGAACAGCUUCUUACUGCUGCAGGCUGAGUAUAACCUCAUCACUGCGCCGGGGAGCUAGGA